GUUCACACGAGCGAUCAUGACAUCACCGUGUUCAAUGACGUAGCAUCAUGGCGGCGCCCCACAACACCAUGAAAUUCUGGAAACCCGGCUCAGAGGCUCCGGGUGUGUGUGAGGAGAGAGAUCUGUCCACUGAGACCACCGGCUCGCCCAUCAUCUUUAACCCGCACACGGCUCUCUCCAUAGAGAAACAGAGGCAGAGGCUGCCUGUCUUCAAGCACAGAAACAACAUCCUCUAUGUGGUGGAGAGUUUCCAGACUGUGGUGAUUGUUGGAGAAACAGGAUCUGGGAAAAGCACACAAAUCCCACAGUAUCUGCUGGAGGCCGGCUGGGCUGCGGAGGGGAAGGUGAUCGGCGUGACGCAGCCUCGACGCGUUGCGGUCACCUCUGUGGCCAGCCGCGUAGCAGAGGAGAGAGGGGCGUUUCUCGGGCACGAGGUGGGAUACACCAUCAGGUUCGAUGACUGCUCAGACCCACACGCCACUCGCAUAAAGGUACAAACGCUCAUUCUCAUUCUCAAGCCCUAUCCGGACGGGACUAGUCUAACAUGGAGAGCCCACUUGACCGCAGUCUCAGAACAGCGCAUCAGCAGUGAACGCAAACAUGUUUAA